AUGUUGGUUCUCUGGAUUGGGUCAGAUGCCUCACCACAGCUGCUGAAGGACUUGUUUAACGUCAACAAAUUCAUGCAGACACAGCUCCCACGUCUCCCGACGCGGCUGUCGAUGCAGGUGCACAACAUCUUCGCGCACCGGCGCGCACAGCGCGGGUGGACGCCGAGAUUCCUGAUAGCGCGGCGGAACAUGGACGCCGCGGAGAUCGAGUUCAGCGACAUGCUUGUCGAGGACCAGAACAAUGCCGCUAUGUCGUACCUCGACUCUUCAGAGCACCAUGGUAGUGAUGAUACAUGGGAGAGUGCUGGUGACGCGCGUAUCGCGUAUCUAGCCGCUCUCAAGGACGAAUGUCUGAAUAACCCAGCAUCUCUAGGCCAACACACUGCUCGCCGAUCAUCUAUUUCACCGUCCCUUUUGCUCGCAGAGCAGAUUGAGCGGGGGCUCAUUCCAUUGAGUGGCCAGAGCACAUAUCCCUGGCAGUCGUCGAACUCGGGGCCGGAUGUGUGCUCCCCUCGCUUCUGUCGUCGACACUGUCGCCGCUGCCGUCUGGUCGUGAUCACCGACUAUCCGGACGCCACGAUCCUGGGCAACCUUGAGAAAAACGUGGAGAGGAACGAGCAGGCGAUUUCCGACGGGUGCAGAGUGCACUACCGCGGAUAUGAGUGGGGGCAGGACGUCGCUCCGCUGCUGGCGCUGCUUCCGGCCGGGCACGACGGCUUCGACACCGUCAUCCUGUCCGACCUGCUGCACUUUGACCGGGCGCAUGACGCCCUCCUCGCCUCUCUCGCCGGCCUCCUCCGCCGCGCUCCCGGAGCCCGCGCGUACGUCGCCGCGGGCACGUACACGCCUCCCCACGUGUGCGACCACUUCCUGCAGAUUGCCGAAGCGGUGGGGCUCGUAUGGGAAGAGCGCCUGCCCGACGGCGCGGUCAAGGGCGCGCUCCCUGUCGCCGCCGGCGGCCUCAACACAGAGCAGUUGGACGUCCGCAAGAGCAUGUGCAGGUCGCAAUAUCGCCUAGCUGGCUACAACGCUACGGAGUCCAUUGCCUUUCUCCACACUGUCGGUGGCGGUCGGUUGUCUGGUGAGAUCGUCCGUGUCUUCGCUGCUGGACUUCACUUCGCGUUCGCCAGCCUCAUCGAACUGCCGGAAGGUACCUUGCGUGGGGACAGGAAUAGUUUUGCCCCUGGGGGCGGCGGUGGGAAAAAUUAUCACAGCGGCCCUUCUCAGGGACCGCCGCCCCAGAACUCUCGACAGUCCAAGUCGCCGGCUCCGCUGGCGCAGACUGUCUCGGCGAACACGGUCGUGCACGGAUUGGACAGCCGUAUGCCCGGUAGCCAGCCGUCUGCGUUCCCCGUACGCUUCGCGGAGCGGAGCACACGCCGGCGUGUUGGUGCGCCGUCAGUAACUAUUAGAGCGGCGAUGUACCUGUGCCUUGGAACGCCGUGUGAGCACUCAGCACCCGACACGCCUUCGCGGUCGGGGCGCGUGACUGGCGAUAAGCUGAACGUGCAUAUUGGACGGCGUCGUCUCGCAGACCCGGAUGGCGUCGUCGCAAGGCUUGUGGCGGCGUGUGCUGCUCUACGCGCAUGCCGACGGUCCGGGCAGGGCGGUCAAGGCGGAAGAACGAUCUUUCCUUGCACAGCGGAUAGUCUCGAUGCCGGAGGCCUGGUAGCGAUGAAGCGUUCCUGGCAGCGUAGGGUCCGAGACGCCGGGUACAGCACCCGAUACGCAGUAGUAGCCCGUCCGCCGAGGCUUAGCGAUCAGCAUGGCAUGAGGGUUUCUUCGUUCCGGGCCGGCUGGCGGCACACAUCGCGGCUGGGUUCACCGUCCAUGGGCACGAUGUUCCUCCCCGAACGACGCCCGGGCCCCCUCCCGCACGAAGCGCAGGACUACCUCGCCGCACUACCGCACCCUCGCAGCUCGCGUUACCUGUCGGCCUUCCUAGUGCUUCCGCGGCGUCGAGGAGACGUCAGAGACUCCGGCUUCCAUGGAAGUUGGUGGUGCAUUGACAUACGGAGGUAUCCACAGUUCGUGUAUCUCGUCAAUGCAAGGCACGUCAGCGGCGGAGAGUAUGGCGGCAUCCUGCAAAUGACCUGCGACCAGAUUACUAGCCGGCGUAAAAGCGCUUUGCCUUCGAGGUCGUUCGUCGCAGUCGCUACAAUCUGUAUCGUCAUCAUCGAGACGGGGGAAUCAAAGCAGAAGGCAGGUGCAUACACGCACCCGACUGUGCACCAGGAUGCCAGGACAUGCGAGUGGAUUGUGUUGAGACGGCUCAGGGCUUCACCUCCAAUGAAGAUUGACCAGCAACAGACGAAAGCUGUCUUUACUGUCGUGAUCCUCGGUGUCCGUGGCACCGGCCCUCCUCGAAAGCUCCGCGCCGGCCACCAAGAGCCUGUGCAGAAGCUGCGCCAAGCACUUCGACCGGCUGGCCUGGGCUACACCUGCGCGUCCGACUCCUUUGGCCUCCGGACACCCGCGCAUCAAUACAGUCGAGCAUCAAUAUCGCGUGAUGGCUUCGCUCAGCAGAUGGCCUCAGUGCUCGACGCACACGGACAUGAGGCGCGAUCUGGAGGUGGACCCAUGUGUCGAGUGUUGCCAUCGGUCGCCUCGAGAUGGAUCACGUCCACCGGCGCUGCCACCGAGUCGUUCUGGAAUACUGGCGCUAUACGCGACGCGUCAGCGCGUGCAUCGCAGUCCCGACGUCUACAUAGCGAAUCGCAGGGGCUGUGGUUGUCGGUGACGGUGGCUGCCUCCGAUCGCUUCCGUCGUCGGUACAAGCUUGGCCCGGUAGCAGUAAUCGCUGCACCCGCGCAAAUCUACAUUGUAUCUGCGGGGACAAUGCUUUCUGCGAGUUUGGCGCACGCACCGACCGCCCGGGUGGAGUCGGACCCUGUAGGCCUGUCAAAAAUGCCAGAGAGCUCUAAACACACUGCGUGCAUGAGCCAGGCGAUCGUGCCCCGCCGACUUGUGAGUCUCACGUACAAGUUACCGGUGGCGGAUGCCUGUUCUGAUGCCAGCCGUCGGCCAGGGGCUCGCCACGCCCACGUUUAUGUCACCAUCCCCCGGGAGAAAUGGGGUUGGCGGACGUGGCGGACGUCGCAUCGCGUGCUUGCGGUCCCCAUGAUCGCACGCACGACAACGCCCCGGUACCUCCUCAACUCCUUGUGA